UAAGUCAUAUAGAGAUGACUUCCACAGCGAAAGUGUACAUUCACUAUCGUUUGUUGUAUACCCGUAACGGUUAAUUAUUACGUGCGGUAGACUAUCAGUCAAACAGAAUAUUUUAACAUUAUCGGUUAAUCUAUUAAUUGUGUUUAAUUGUGUUUGUUUAUUAAUCUUUGGGUUUAUUGUAGGAUAUGAUAAAACAGUAAAACGAUCUCCAGAUCUUGUAACACACUAACAUGAGGCUUUGUCGACCAACAUCGUGGGCAAUUUUUUGACAUGGUUUUCGGUAGAGUUUUCGUUUGUCCAUUCAUGCUGGGUCUUACUCUUCUCCUGCUAAGCAGUGAAGUUUUGGUGGCAAAAGCAAAUGUUCGUAAUGGGGAUGUUUUUCUUGAAAUUAAGGCAAGAUUGGACAAGAAUACAACAGUUAGAGAAUCAUUCUUCACAAAUGUUCAGGACAAUUCCGUCAUUAUGCAUUUUCAACUUCAUAAUGGAAUGAUUUGUUACCUCGCUUAUGAUUUUUCUAAUGAAAUCAAAAUCUUCAAAGUUGAUGUUCUUGGUGAACCAGAGUUGGGACAAAAACAAUAUCAAUCAUUAUGUUUUGUAACAAAGUUGCAUAAAAAUGACAUCAUUGCAUCUGAUUCUAUGGCGAAGUUACGUCAGAAAUCAUCAGGUUCUAUCCAAGAAGCGAAUGACGUUUUGAAACCUCAGGAAUUUUUGACUGACAUCCAACUAAUUAAAAUGGGAAAUACACAGAAUAUUUUGGGAGAAAAAUUUCAACGACUGUGUUCUGGCCCUGAAUCAAUUGUUCAUGCGAAAGAAUCAGAAUUGUACUCUCUUGCAAAAGGCAAUUCAGAAACCUUUGCAAUUUUAAAAAGUCGUAUACGCAAACCAGAAUCAGGAGAAUCGUUGGCAGAAUGUUCAUUCAAAACAAAAACCUCAUCUAAGUAUCUUCCAUGCAAAUGCAAGAUUCCUUUCACUAUUCCAUGGUAUCCGUGUCUGGUCAAAUACUGCCCAUCGAAGAAUUCUCAAGGAAACUCUGUAACAACUCGUUGUGGAAUCAAGUCAUGUCGGAUAACACACAAUCUUGGUUAUAUUGCGAACCAUCCAUUAUAUUGUCAUUGGGGUGUGACAUGACGUCUGUUUACCUGAUGAUAUCAUCAAUUCAAUGACCACUGAUAUGAUCUGACCAUUUCUUCACUGAUGGUAGGACAUGUAUUUCAAACCCAUUUGCUUUUGUCAAGCCUAACCUCCAUCUUUGAAAAUUGUUAUAGUGCAAUUUGUAUUUUUCCCAAGUGCUGCUUUUUGUUUAUAUUUUAUUUUGAAUAUGAUUAUUUCCUUUUUUGAUUCUUGACAAUUGGGUAUUCUCAAGUUAUUAUGGAACUUUUUUUUUCAUUGCUAGUAUUCUGUAGAAAAAAUUUGCUUUGAGUAUGUGCCAUGUUUUUCUGUGCUUUUUCAGCCAACUUUUUCUCUAUUCUAUUCUGUAACUUGUCUAAUUUUUGCAUGUAAAAAUGAUGAAACAUUCUCUGAUUGGUUAUGCAGAAACAUGGUUGUAAGCCCCGUAAAAUAUAAGAUGCAAUUUCUAAUACAUUGAUCUUGUUUUGUGCAAGACAAUUUUGGAUAAGAGUUUUGUCAUGGCGUAAUUCAGUAACUAAAUAUAUCCUAUUAAAAUGAAAGCUCUGUCAAUUAGUGCUAUGUAGAAUAAUUCUCCACUGUUUUGUUGUUGCAGUAUUUAAGCAUUUUUCAUACCAUUUUGGUGGAUGAAUCCUACAAUACAGGAAACAUGGAAAAAUGAUUGAACAAAACCAUUUAUAUUUUUUUCUGUUUAAAAAUUUGCUUUUCAAGUGCCAAAGUUCUCUUCAAGACGAAUCUUAAUUUUUGACUUGAAUGUCACUGAUGUUAUCAUAAUACCUAGCAUAGAACAGGAUGAACACAAUAGUUCAUAGAAUACACAGACUUGCUUCGCCACACAAUCCAUCAAAACCUAUUUUUGAAACAUUGUUUUAUCUAUUGCAUCAAAUUCAAUUGAUCCCGUCUUUUUGUGGUAAAUUUUUGUAUGACUCGAGCAUAUGUCAGAUUUUUUCUUGGUUUAAACCAGGGGUGUGCAACAGGCGGCGGCCUGCAGGUCACAACCCGGCCCGCCAAGCCAUUUAGUGUGGCCCUCAUCAAUGCUCAGAUUUUUCCCCAUCAAGCAUAAAUUCCUAAUCCAACAGUUUAUGUUUAAAAGGGCGCUCACAUGGAUAAAAAUACAAAAUAUCUUUUUGUGCUUGAUCUUUCACCGUUUUGCCUGGUGCUUUCAUUACUGUAAGGCUAAGCAAUAGCCUUCUCCUCCCUUUGGUUGUCGCUAAUGUAUUUCGCUUGGGUGCUCAAGGAGUAUGCGCACCAAGAUGUCGCACAACCUGAAUCCUAACCUGUACACUCAUCCUAUGUUCAGGUUAUGCGCCAUCUUGGUGCGCAUACUUCUGGAGAUCCUUCCCUUGUUUUAAAUAUUAUAUUGUGGCAUAAUAAUCCAUCAUUGUGGUUGCUUGGCACUUCCCAGCCACCAGCUUCCUGAAGCAGCUCAGCAGCCUAUUUUGCUAGUUUCACAACGGCACUAUUUUUUGUUAAUUUCAGGGCUACCAAAAUGUAGGCAGCUAAGAAAUGAAAUUUUUUGUGUGGCCCAGCUAGAUGUUUGAAGUAUUGUUGCACACCCUUGGUUUGAACCCACAGUACAUAUUGGCAUAAUCUGAGAUCUUAAGUAGAACCAUCAUCUGCCAGGUUGAUUGUCUGUAUCAUAACCUCAACAGCUAUAUUUUCAUCUUAUUAUCUAACAAGGUUUCCUCAGAAGUGUUUUCUUUGCAUUGUGCAGUUUGUUUCAUUUAUUUCUUUUCAUUUUCGUAUUUCAGUUGAGUUUUUCUGAUCAUGUCGUACUAUCCGUCCAGUAAUUACAGUUUUGAAUGAAUGUUACCAACACCAAAAUGAAUGUUUAGUUUAAGUUAUCCACAUUCAAUACAUUGACCCAGAGUUAUGAGUUGAUUAUUGUGCAAUAGACAUCAUCUUUAGUGUGAAAUUAAAUUACAGAAUUUUAACCUAAAUCAUGUUCUUCUUGCGCUUCAAAAAAACGUUCAUAUAAAGUUGGUGAAAAAGUUUUUUCAAAUUGGUUAUCCUUUUUGUGGGCAUCUUCUAUAAAUUGACCAGUCUUGUGGGCAGCAUUCAUGGGAAAUCUGAUGCUGUGAACGGCUCUUUUAAAUCCUGAUAUAUAAUAUAUAAUGCCAUGUUUGCUGCAAAGUUUUUCGAUCAAUAUUGGGUGGAACAUUUUUUUAGAACAUUCCUAACCGCUUUUCUUCCGUGGCCCAUUUUUGCUGAACAAAAAUUCUGUGGUCUAUUAACUUUUUAUGCAAGGGAAAAACUACAAAAAAACUGUCCGCAAAGAUAGACACUUUCACUUUACUAUUUAGAAUGAAAAUUACCCCUCAGUAGUAAAAGACAUCAUCAUUCAUUGGCACUACAAUCGAAAUUUAACUAUAGAGACACAAAUGAAACUGAAUUUAUCAAUAACUUUAGCAAUUUUUAACAAGUUUGUGGUCCACUUGGAAGUGUCGCUGUGGCCCAGCAGGGGCCAUGGCUCAACCAGUGGUUUAGAAACACUUGGAAAAGGUUCAUUCUUCAUUAAUGAAAUGUAAAUGGAUUAUUUGUCUGCCAUUUAACUGUGUGAUGGUCAGCAUCAGGGUUUUAUGAAAGGAACAUUUGAAGUCAUGUUUGUACUUUCAAAUUACCACCCAUGAUUUUGAGUCAUUGUCAAAAAGGCAUUGAUCAACACAGAUUAGUUUGUAGUCCAGCUUUUUCUUAGCACGAGAGCUUAAUUUGAAAUUUGAACCUCAAAACUUCACAGUCCUCAAUAUUAUAAUACUCCAGAUAUUUUGUUAUGGUGCUGGAAUGAAUUUACUCAUACGCUCAUUUUUUUAUGUUUUUGAUACCUCAGGUUAUUGUAUGAUGUACAUAGUUUUUGUAUUUAUCAUUUCUUUCACAUUGUAUUCGACAUUAAAGUAUCUGCCAGGAAA